AUGGACGACUCGGAAUCUCCUUCACCACUGGAAGAGCCUUUGCUAUCGCGAAGGAUGACAGAACUACCCCGGAAACAUCGGUCCUCAAAGGACCGCGAAAAGAUUCUUUUAGGAGGAUCAAGUCGGGAGCUCGCUCGUUUGUUGGUAUACCAGGAACGUGAUGCCAAAGAUCUCAGGAAGAUGCUCUCGUCUGUGACGGAGCAACUCAAGGGCGAGACGCGGCGCGCGGACGCUGCAGAGGACAAAGCAAGGGAAGCUGCGCUUCGUUUUAAGGGCGCGAACGAAGACAGAAUUCUUGCCCAGCAGGAGGCUGCACGUGCCAAAGAGGCAUUGGGUUUGUACAAGCUACAGCUCGCGACGGCGCAGAAGGAAAUUCACAGGGCGCAAGAAUUGUUGGAUUCCCUGGAGGCUCAGCGAUUGGAGGCCGAGGAAUCGGCGGCGCGGGCUCGCAGUAUGGCGCGGAAGCUAAAAGAGGAGAAACUCGCGCAGCUUGCCAGGGAGGAGGGACGGAGGCUCGGUAUGGAAGAGGGUCUUGCGAGGGGCCAAAAUAUUGGGUACGAAGAAGGCAGGGCUGAGGGAUACGCCCGAGGGCAGGAUGCUGCAAUGCGAAUGCGCCCAUACGUGGAGGAUGUCGAAGACGCGGCUCAAACUCCUUCUGACGAACAGCGUGGAGAUGUUCGACAGCCUUCUCGGUCUUCUGGGUCAUCCUCACGAGGGUAUGAGCAGGAGCGUCUUUCGAAUUAUUCACAACCUUUACGUCGUACUACACCUGCACCCACCGUCGUCACAACUGAUCCUCCGUUCCCUCAGAACCCUCACGUUAAUCCGCCUCACGAUAACGAGAUACAUCCUAUCCCGGUGCAUAUGCUCAACGCCUCUCCUUCCCAUCCUUAUGUCGAAAUACCUCCGGAUGGAUGGAUCCCGAUGCAAGACGGUGACUCUCGCAUUCGUAUCCCGCCUCCGCACGAGUUGGGACCGCCACCCCCUACGCCCUCUCCCCCACCGUCUGUGGUGCUAUUGGGCACGGCAGACACUGCAGACGCUAAACCUGUUAUGAUUCCUCCACCCAUAGAUCAUGCUGAGUUUGCAGUGUCCGAUACGGAAUCAAUUGCUGAACCUCCUCAUCGCCGACCCCGGCACGCUCGCCGUAGGUCUUCCGAAUCUCAAUCCACAACGAUGUCUCAAUUCGAACUUUUGGGACCGCCCGUCGCGCCGAAUGGGAGGAGUGCUUUGAGAGAGCGACCUGUCGUACUAAGCGCAAUUGCUGAAGAAAGAGAGCGGACGUCAUCUGCGUCUUCUCCAGUUCCUAGACCUGGGGAAUCCUAUCAGUCGCCCUACCUGCAAUCGUCAAAUUCAAGUUUCUACAUGCCUCAAGGGCCUUCUCCGCAAACGCAGACACAGAGCGUGGAUACUACUCCAAUACGUCUUUUCUCUCAUAACCAAAACAUCUACACGCGUCCACGCUCUCCCGAUUCCUCGUCUGACUCGGCACAGAAUGCACGUCCGAUGUCGCGGUUGAGAUCUCAGUCGUCGUUGAGGCCUCCUUCGCAGGCGAGUGAUCGCCGCCAGAGCCUUAAUUCCGAAUAUCGUAUCACGGUUGAGCCCCCUUCCCGUCCAGAGUCCAAUCAUUCUGGGAUUGUACCAAUGACGCCAAACCUCUUGAGUGCAGGUGAUGCUGAUCGACCUCUGCCUACUUUGCCAGAGGAUAAUGCGGCCGGCACUGGCGUCAACGCUCAACAAUCUUUCGGACAGCCCGUAAUCCCUUCUCUUUCAUCGCAAUCGGCGUCUGCGGAAGUGCUAGAGGAUCAGUUACCGCCAGGCUUCGUGCCUAAUAGCCGUCCUGUCCCGCCGAGUACGUUCACCCCUCAACCGUCAAUGCCACCCCCGUUACCGCCUUCCUUGAGACUGACCUCUCAAGAUAUGUAUGUGAAAUCGAUUAGCCCUGCAGGUGUACCGCUACCACCUUCCUCCUACGGUGGGACUCUGACGCCUUCAAUCAUUCCGAAUAUGGCUCCGGGUGCAUUUUUUGCUUCAGAACCUGUAGUGAUCCCUCAUCUGCCUGGGACUUCUCCCGCGCCAAAUGCGCAGCCCGUAAGGCGGUACAGUCGUUCUGCGUUAAGAGAUUCGUCGUCGUCGGAAUCGGACGCAGUCUCCUCUGGCAUCAGCAGCUCUAUGAACACACUGACCACACCUCCCGAUCGGCGUAAGAAGCUCCCAAAGCAAGCAGGUCCCACCUACGCCGUCGCGCCUGUCCCGCCAAAUAUCAUCUACCCUGUGCCCACACCGCGGCUGGUCCCGAGCUCUCUCUCAGGUGCGGCAAUGGUACCAUUACCUCCCUCGGCAGCUGGAUCUGUAAGUUCUGGUGCGGCAAGGGUACCCUUGCCUGCUUCAGCAGCUGGAUCCGUGAUGAGCCCUAGCUCAUCGCAAUCUCAUCUCUACUCGCGAACACCUUACAGCCACAGCAAUCUUGGAUUAGAUGGUGGAAGGACAUCUGGCCGCAUGAACACGCCAUUAUCACCUGUCAUGGGUAGCGCACGGGCGGACCCAACCCCUCUACCAAUACCGAUGCCCUUCCCGUCGCCGCUCCAGCAAGCCCAACAGAGGUUGUCUCCGCACGAUCUCGGAAAUGACCCUACUGAUGAUUUCAUGAACGCUCCCAUCCCUAUGCCUGAGCCUAUUGUAAUACCUUCCGAGCAGCUCUCCCGUGUUUCGCCUAUGUCGUCUUUUAUCUCCCUGGCACCGUCGAACGCCACGUCGAAGGGGGCAAAAAAGACCAAGAAAAAAGUGAAGGGGAGGUAG